AACAGAACUAAAAACUAUUUGCGAAGGCACAACCAAAACUGAACUAGUGGCCAGAUUAUCGAUCAAUUCUGGAACUUGUAUAGUGUUAGCUAAUUGAAUAGUAUAGGUAUAUUACAAUUGUAUAGAAUUUAGAAAAUGUCGACGAUAUCACAAGAAUGGACAAGUUCUAAUUCAGAUUCUGAUUUUAGUUCUACUACUGAAGGCAAUAGUGGGUUGAGUGCUUCAGAACAAACUAUAUUAAAUGAUACAGAAGAUGAAGUUAUAUUUGAAGGAGAAGCUAAGAGAGAUGACGAAGUAGAAGAAGUUCCUGCUGAUGUAGAUGCUAUAACAGAAGAAAAUGAUUUAAGUGUAUUAAGACUCCAAUCUUCAUCGGAUGAAAUUGUUAACGAUGAAGAUGUUUUAAACACAGAAGAAUUAAUUAAUCAGAGUCGCAAAGAAGAAGCUGAAGAAAAUCAAUUGGUAUUAUCAUUUAAUAUCUGGGAUAUACUAAAGAAGGGAGCAGUAAAUUUAAUAUUACCAUUUAUAAAUGGGAUGAUGUUAGGAUUCGGAGAAAUAUUGGCUCAUGAAAUAGGGUUUAGAUAUAAUUGGGUAGGAGCUAGAGUUCAACCUCCUCGAAGAAUAGAACAAAGAAAUGCUCAAACUCAAUCUAAAUUUCUUUGAGAGACUCCCCGCUCCAUGUAUAUAGAUUCCAGUUAUUUAAAAUUAAAAUCUCUAUAGUAUAAUACAAACUAUAAUUUUAUUGUGUAAUAUAAUUGGUUAUGGAGUAGUAGUAUAUCUAAAGUUAACUAACUAGCUUA